UCUGCGGUGGUCGGUGGGAUAAAGCGCAUCAGCAGUCAGGCUGAAACAAAUGCGCAGUUUCUUUCAGGUGGAUUUUUAUCUUUCUGUCUUCAGGAUUGAUCCCUUCAUCAUUUCAACAGAGCAGCAGAAUGGACCUGCUGCCAGAUGUAUGGAGGCAGGACUACUGGCUUCCUCCAGGUGUGACCUGGAAAGACAUGGAACAGCUGGCGGACUCUGACCGACCACAACCCCAGGACCUUCUCAUAGCACUGCCCCUCGCACUGGGCUUUGUCGCCCUGCGCUGUGUGUUUGAGAGGUUUUUUGCCCCACCCAUAGGCAGAUGUUUGGGGGUGAAGAAUAGAUUACAAGUGACUGCUGCCCCCUCCCCGAAGCUGGAGUCGUUUUACACCCGGCAGAGCAGACAGCCGACACAGAGCGAAAUUGUUAGUCUGAUGUCACUGUGUGGCAAAACCCAGAGGCAGAUUGAGACCUGGUUCCGCCUUCGCAGGAACCAGGACAGGCCCUGUCAAACCAAGAAGUUUGGUGAAGCUGCGUGGAGGUUCUUUUUCUACAUCACAGCUUUCAUGGUUGGACUGGCAUGUUUGAUUGAUAGACCCUGGUUCUGGGACCGCAGUGAAUGUUGGCGGCAUUACCCAGUGCAGCCCAUGGAGCGAGCUCAUUACUGGUACUACAUGCUGGAGCUGGGUUUUUAUGGCUCUCUGCUGCUCCGGAUCUCUGUGGACAUCAAGAGGAAGGACUUUAAGGAACAGGUGAUCCACCAUUUAGCCACCAUGUUCCUGCUCAGUUUCUCCUACUGUGCCAACUACAUCCGCAUCGGCACCUUGGUCAUGCUGCUUCACGAUUCCUCUGACAUCCUGCUAGAGUCUGCCAAGAUGUUUAACUACGGCACCGGCUGGAGGAAAACAUGUGACACGCUCUUUGUUGUGUUUGCUGUGGUCUUCCUUGUGACUCGACUGGUGAUUUUCCCCAGCAAAAUCAUCCACACCACCCUUGUGCUGUCCAUGGAGGUCUUUGAACCCUUUGCGGGCUACUACUUUUUCAAUGUGCUGCUAAUGGUGCUGCAAGCUCUUCACAUCUUUUGGGCUGGAUUGAUUUUACGCAUGGUCUAUAAGUUCCUGAAAGGAAAGCUGGAAAAAGAUGAACGCAGUGAUGAAGAGAGUGAGGUCGAGGAAGAAGAGGAGGAUAAAGGAGGGGAAGAAAGUGCUGAUCAUGAAGGAGAUUAUAGUUGGGAGAGAAGUAAAGACACCCUGAACUCCAAACUGUCCAUGCUGACCAACAGCUGUGUCCUUAAUAACUUGACCAACCACAGGGCCUCCGUAGCCGACAGAAUGCGUAAAGCUCAAUAAAGACGUUAUGUUUUUUUUCACAUUUAGCCUAAGUGUUGCUAUUUAAAGGUCAAAACAGCCAUGGUUUACAGAUUGAAUAAUACAAGAUGGAUGUGAUCCAUUUCCCUGUGGACUACAGGUCAUGUAUACUGGCGUCGCUGUGCUUCUCUUUCAAUUCAGAGUGGAAUUAGACAAGUAAAGAGUGAGAAUGUAAUCAUGAAAAAAUGCUGAUAUAGCAGAGGAUGGUUUCGAUCCAUCGACCUCUG